UAAGUCUAAAAUCAACAAAUCAAGCAUUUUCUUACCCAAUCCCCUCGCUAACCCCUAAACCCUCCCGAAACCCUUUUCUUUUCAAAAAUAUGUUCCCAUCAAUGAAACACAAAUUGAAGCUUACAACCAUCGCCACCCAUUUCAACUCCGGCGAAUCUCAGUUCCUCCGGCGACUCUCCACGGAAUCAUCUUCAUCUUUGGUGAAAAAUUCCAGUAGCCAGUAUAUUAAUAAUCAAAAACUCUAUAAGAGGUUAUCAGCAGUGGGCGGUACAGGUGAAAAGAUACGAAAAGUUUUACACUCCAUCAAAAGAAAUGGGGGGAAUUUCACUAAAUCUGAUCUUAUUGAUUGUCUUAAAGCUUUUCGUAAGUAUGGCAGAUAUCAUCAUUGCCAUGAGAUACUUGAAUGGAUGGAUAAAGGUAAAACUAAAUUUUCCUCGAGCGAGUAUGCAUUGCAUUUGAGUAUAAUGAGUAAAGUUAAGGGAAUCGAUGAAGUUGAGAAAUAUUUUGAUAGCAUUCCUCCUUAUGCUAAGAACCAUCAUGUGUAUGGAGCUCUUUUAAGUUGCUACUGUGCUGAAAAGAUGACCGAUAAAGCAUUGGCUCUUUUCAAAAAGAUGGAUGAGCUUAACUAUACGUCGAAUUGUCUCGCCUUCAAUAAUAUGAUGAGUCUAUAUAUGAAAGUAGGCAAUCCCGAGAAGGUAUCUCGUCUUGUAGAAGAGAUGAAGGAGAAAAAUAUCCCGCUUACCAACCACACUUACUACACCUGGAUUCAAAGUUGUCGAUUCCCGGUUGAUCUUGAGCGUUUAGAACGAGUUAAGCAGGACGCUGAAGAAAAUGACUCGGUAAAGGAUGACUGGCAAAUAUAUAGCCACCUCGCUGGUGUCUAUAUCGAGGGUGGUGACUAUGAAAAGGCUAAUACUGCUCUGAAUAAGGUGGCGGAGCUUUUGGACGAUCCAAAAAAUGGUGAACGUAAUGGAUUUCAUUAUCUGAUUAGCAAGUAUUCUCGUCUUGGUAAUUUAAAGGCGAUCAAUCAGUCAUGGGAUAAACUGAAGUCUAGAUUCAAAUUUAAUAACAUGAGCUACCUUGUUAUGCUUCAAGCUUUAUCAAAACUCGAGGAUAUUGAACGCCUCAAAAAGUGCUUAAACGAGUGGGAGUCAGGUCAUAAAAUUUAUGACGAUAAGCUACCUACGGUUGUUAUAAGCGCUUACUUGAGGCAUGACAUGCUCGAAGAGGCCGAGCAUCUUCUGAAAGAUGUUAAAGAUAAAGGCGAUAAGAUGAUAAAGAUUGCACAUAUCAAUUUCCUGAACUACUUCUUGGAGAAACGUAAGUUUGAUUCCGCUCUUAAACAUUUGGAUGCUGCAAUGGAAGUUAACUGGAAGCCGAUGGUUAAAAAGCUCGAUCCUUUGUUCGAGCAUUUUAAGGAACAGAAAGAUGUUGACAGUGCGGAAGAAUUGUGCAAAAAGUUGGAGAAAGUUCAGUUAAUCAACUCACAAGCAUACUCGUGGUUGCUGACAACUUAUGCAGAUGCCGGUAAAACUGCUCCGGAUAUGCGCGAGAGGAUGAAGGUAAACGGUGUCGAGAUUAGUACUGAGCAUGAGGCAUUGCUCCAGAAGAUAUGCUAAGAGGCCUUUUCACAGUUUUUCUGUUGGUGAUUUCAUUAGUGUUGUUGAAGGAUGUAGGCCUGAUUUGAAGAAUGGGAAAUAUCUGCUUUUGUGAACUUUAAAAUUUUUUUUUGGUUUAAGGGAAAACAUUUCUUUUACAUAAUUUAUUUUUCAAUGGGAAAAGCAAUGAGAUCAAAUAAUAAUGUUAAUUGCUAAAA